GCAAGCCAUAACCCUCCCAAUCCAAAGCUGCCUUGCUCGCUCGCUCGCUCGCUUGCUUAUUUAUUUAUUUAUUUAUUUAUUUAUUUUUUAAAGCAUUGGCAACCUUUUAACAGUUGCAAUAUUUGCUGUCCCGCUUCUGCUUCGGCUUCGCUGUUCAAAGGCAGCCGAGGGAAAGCAACCGAAAGAAGAGAAAUAAGCAGCUGCGGGUGUUGUACCGGCUCCCCUUUCCCGAGUCUUUUGGGUACAAUUUGAAUGCGGCCGCCGCUGCCUCUCUAGAGGGGGGGGGAUGCUUUGCGGGGAGGCCUGGCCGAGCCCCCCUUCUCUCUUCCAUCAGCCGCUGGAGGGCGGUAUGGGGCGCCCCAAUCCUUCCGCGCAGGCAGCGCUACCGUAGCAGGCAGGCAUUUUCCCUUCCUGUUUGGAGACCAACCUUGCCUUGUUUAAAAAAAAACCCCGAAGACUCCGAGGGACUGGCACCUUGAACUUGGCCUUGAUUUCUUUCCCCCGCCCCUCCUUUUCUCUCCCUUCCUUUCCACCUCCUUUCGCGAGCCUUUCGCCCCAUUCCGCUCCUCUCUUUAACCAAACCUCUCCCUCCUCCUCCUCCUCCUCCUCCUUUUCUCCUUCCCCUCUUUCCCCCCCCCCUCCUCCCCCUUUUCCACCCACCCACCCUCCCUCCUUUUCCUUCUUCCAUGGCGGAGACAAAAAUAAUUUACCAUAUCGAUGAAGAGGAGACCCCUUAUUUGGUGAAAUUGCCCGUUUCUCCGGAAAAAGUCACUUUGGCGGAUUUUAAAAAUGUCCUCAGUAACCGGCCGGUGCAUAGCUACAAAUUUUUCUUCAAGUCGAUGGACCAGGAUUUUGGGGUGGUGAAGGAAGAGAUCUCGGAUGACAACGCCAAACUCCCAUGUUUCAACGGACGUGUCGUGUCCUGGCUGGUCCUGGCCGAGAGCUCCCAUUCGGAUGGCGGAUCGCAGUGCGCCGAAAGCCACACCGAUCUUCCUCCUCCCCUGGAGCGAACCGGAGGCAUCGGAGACUCUCGCCCCCCUUCCUUUCACCCAAAUGCCUCAAGCAGCCGAGAUGGGCUGGACAACGAAACUGGAACCGAGUCCGUCGUCAGCCACCGGCGGGAUCGUCACCGGCGGAGGAACCGCGAAGGCCAUGAAGAUGUCUCUCGCAUCAAUGGACACCCAAAACUUGACCGACUCUGGGAGCCACCGCCCGGUUAUGACAGCUCCUCAACCGUGAUGAGUAGCGAGCUUGAAUCCAGCAGCUUUGUAGACUCGGACAAUGAAGAAAACACCAGCAGGCUGAGUAGCUCGACGGAGCAGAGCACGUCAUCCCGUCUGAUUCGGAAGCACAAGCGCAGGCGACGGAAACAGAAAAUGCGACAGAUCGACCGGUCUUCCUCCUUCAGCAGCAUCACCGAUUCCACCAUGUCCCUCAACAUCAUCACCGUCACCCUCAACAUGGAAAAAUACAAUUUUCUGGGCAUCAGUAUCGUAGGACAAAGCAACGACAGGGGCGAUGGCGGCAUUUACAUUGGCUCCAUCAUGAAGGGCGGGGCAGUGGCGGCGGAUGGACGGAUCGAGCCAGGCGACAUGCUUUUACAGGUGAAUGAGGUAAACUUUGAGAACAUGAGCAACGAUGAUGCUGUGCGGGUUUUACGGGAAAUUGUCUCCAAGCCCGGACCCAUCAGCUUAACAGUGGCCAAAUGCUGGGACCCUACCCCCAGGAGUUACUUCACAAUCCCCAGGGCUGAGCCGGUGCGGCCGAUCGACCCCGCGGCCUGGAUUUCUCAUACCACGGCUUUGACGGGAGCGUACCCCCGUUACGGUAUGAGUCCUUCCAUGAGCAUCAUCACUUCUACCAGCUCCUCACUAACAAGCUCAAUUCCCGAUUCGGAAAAAUUGGACGAGACUCCGUUGACAGUGAAAACCGACAUGGCCACCAUUGUCAAAGUGAUGCAGUUGCCGGAUUCAGGGCUGGAAAUUCGGGACAGGAUGUGGUUGAAAAUCACCAUCUCCAACGCGGUGAUCGGAGCAGAUGUCGUAGACUGGCUUUACACCCACGUGGAAGAUUUCAAAGACCGCCGAGAAGCCCGGAAAUACGCCAGCAGCAUGCUGAAGCACGGCUACCUCAGACACACUGUGAAUAAGAUUACUUUCUCGGAGCAGUGCUAUUAUGUGUUUGGAGAUCUUUGUGGCAAUAUGGCUGCAAUGAACCUCAACAACGGUUCCAGCGGGGCUUCUGACCAAGACACCCUGGGCCCCCUCCCGCACCCCUCCACGCCUUGGCCGCUGGGGCAAGGUUAUCCUUACCAGUAUCCCCUUGGCCCUCCGUGUUUCCCGCCAGCCUACCAGGACCCUGGCUUCAGUUACGGCAGUGGCAGCGCGGGAAGCCAGCACAGCGAAGGAAGCAAAAGUAGCGGCUCUAACCGAAGCAACAGCGAGAACAGCCGGCGUCGGGAGAAGGACCGCAAGUCAGCAGGCGGCGGCAGCAGCAGCGGUUCGGACCCAGCCACCUGGAGCAGGGGUGGAGGGAGCGUCUUGCGACACGAGCGGCCCCCCAGCCAGCUUAGCCACCGCAGCCACGUCUCGGCCACUCUCAGCGAGAGAAGUCCUCGCAGCCACCACUCUUACGGCCCGCCAGGUGGGCUGCCUUCUCUGGGGAAUUUCCCGAAGCUGGGUGGCAAAAUCUACGCCAUCAGCGGGCCGCCCGGAGGGCCCCCCGUGCGGGAACUUAGCUCCAUCCCUCCCGAACUGACCGGCAGCCGCCAGUCCUUCCAGAAAGCCAUGGGCAACCCGUGCGAAUUCUUCGUGGACAUCAUGUGAACAGAAGUGCCUUCCUAGAGAGUCCAUGCAGAGGACUCUUUCAAAGCAACGGGGGAAAGAGAGCGACACACACACCCCCCUUACACGCUUCCCAAUCACCAUGCGCCGCCCCCACCCCUCUUGACAAUCUUUUGCAUGUCACACCCUUCUGACUCUUGAUUGUGUUUUGCCAGCAAAAAAAAAACGGGGAAGAGAGAUUCCAGGAUGUUAAAUCUGCCAAUCGGGCAUAUUUUGUCUUCCCACCUCCUUUCCACUCCCCCCCCACUUCCCUUCCCUUCCCUUCCGUUUUUUUCUGAAUGUGAUUGAUAGAUGUUCUCUCUUAGAUAUCUCUUAAAUGAGCUUUCGUUAUGCGUGGCACUUUUUCUCAGUGCAAUUUUACUGUGUUCUCUUUGGCUUAACCAAGGGAUUGUAUUUUAUAUCAUGGUUUAAAACGAAACGAAACAGAAGCAACAUUGGCAAUUCUCCGGUCCUGCGUAUUUUGCACCUUUAAUAUAUAUAUAUAUAUAUCUUAUAUAUAUAUAUUCUGGUUCCCUUUUUUCCAGUCUAGGGGGAAAUCAAAACUUAGAACGACGAGGAUUUGCUUUGAUAAAGACAACACAACUAACUGGGGCGUGGGUGACAUUGGGUGUGCCUGGGUUCUUUUUUUUCUUUUUUUUUUGAACCCCGUUGCAAGGAUGGGUGAAGAUCUCUCUGCAGGUCUGUUUCCUCCUUCCUUUGGGCUAUUUUUCAUUAAGGGUUUUCUUUGUAGCUGCUGAGCCUUUCCCCUUAAGAAGGGAAGACCAUUUUGUGAGAAACCCGACGGGUUAAUUUUCUCCUCCGAACCUUUUUUUGGGUGGCCGGAUUUUACACCUUGAAAGAAGAUUCUGAUGGUUGCGAAGGCUUCAGCAAGCAGUCCAGCAGGCAAUUAUUGCCAAGUGGUGUUCCAUCCAUCCCUCUCCUUGCUACAGACAGAAAAGAGGAUUCCUGCCUUUCAUGGUCACACACCCUAAAUUGUGUCUUGCCACUUUCUCUCUUUCUCUCUCUCUCUCUCUCUCGCCACAAUUUUGCCUUCCUUUUUGAGACUGGACCAAACCUUCCCAUGGCAGAAUGAAACCCCCCUUCGCUUGGAGGUUUUUAAGAAGAGAUUGGGUAACCACCUGUCUGAAAUUAUAACAUUUCCUACUUGAGCAAGGGGUUGGGCUAGAAGACCUCCAAGGUCUCUUCCAACUCUGUUAUUAUGCUCUGGCUGUUCUGCUAGCCAGCGGUCCAGCUGUCCUUGGAAAAGCAUGUCUUGUGGGCGCUCCUGUUUCCAGAGAAGAUUUGGCCCAAGGGAAAUCCUUUCCUUUGACACCUGCACGUUGACACGUUGCAAACGGCCGAAGCAUUAACACAAAAACACACAGCCGCCACACUACCCAGGUUUCCAAGCCGGAUGGCAAGAAAGUGCAACGGUUUUGUUGACAUGAGGAAAAUUCUGCCUUUCCCCACUUUUGCACUUUGCUGGCUGUGUUUGCAUCUGGAUAUUGUUUGCAGUUUAUGUCCCGUCCCCCCGUUCUGAAUUAAGAAGAUUUCAUUGAGGGGGGGGGGGAAGUGGCCUAGAUCCUGGUUUUCUGAAAGGCCAAUCAAAGUAGGAAGGAAAGAAGAGGGGUUGUGUAGGAAGGGGGUGAGGAAUUACACAGUUGUUCUCUUAUUUGUGUGACAUUUAUCACCUGCCGCAUUUUUGAUCUUCAGGGGAAAAUGGUGAAAAGGCAGAGAAGGAGAGAGAGAGAGGGGGGGAAAAAAAAACAACCUCCCAGGACAAUUUGAGGAAAAUUGAACCAGUCUUGUUACGGAAUUCCAGAUGCCAGACGGCCUUCUGUGCCCUUCCCUCAAGGGGCUCCAUUCCGUGCCUCCCUCCAACCUUGACCAUUGGCUAGGGGAGUGUGAUGCAAACGCAACACAAGGCAGCUUUUGUCCUGUGUGAACAGUGCAGAACCUUCCUGCUGCUGUCCCCUUUCCCUGGAUGUGGAUGAUGGGAAUUAGUGGGCACCAAUCUGGCAAAGGCAGAUCUUCAAUCGCACCUAUGUAUAUCAAGGACAGGCACUUGGGUCUCUGUGAAUCUCCAAGCACUUGGCGAUAACUUUGUUUUCCCAGAUCUGGUAAUCAAAGAGAGCUAGGGAAUCUAUUCCCAACUGCUGCCCCAAGUUGCUUCUUCAUAUAUAUAUAAAACAUACAAACCAGUUUUGGGUUGCUAUUGGUUCGCUCUGAUUUGGGCGAACUAGUAGCGGCGGCGGGAGGCUCCGCCCACCCGCCUGGACAUCACGUGCGCACCCACGAGCGAACUGGUAGCAACUGGUUUUGAAACCCACUACUGAUACAAACACACACUGGUUUUCUCUCUAUAUAGUCCUCUAUGGUAGUGGGGGUGAAACAGGUCCCCUUGUUCUGGCUGUUGUUAUUUUUUAAAACCAUUCUGACUUAAUACUUGGAUUUUAAGAGCUAAUGGCAAACUGUAGCAAAUGUUUCUCUUUGAAGAACAUUGUAUUGUGGUUCCACGUGGCUGUUUUAUCUUGCUGGCCAGCAUGAUCCGAUAUCAAUCGUGCAGAGAAGCUAGUCCUUGUGAAUUCAUCGAAGCAAGCAUGUUCCAGCUUAUUGAUUCAGACAAGGUUUGGGAAAGAUGCAUUUACCCUUUUAAAAUCUCUGACACAUUCUCCUUUUUCUGCUUCAGGGAGAUCCCCAACUCCCCAAAGUUUUGCACCUAGCUGUGAUGGGAUAAGCCAGCCACGUUUUUGUGGAUGUCUGCCUUCCCCAUUCAUCCUUCCCGUUGCCAACUAGGGAGUCUGUUUUGGGCCUGGAGAAAACAUUGAAAUUGGAUAUUUUGAGUUAGCCGCUUGUUGCAUUUUACUGGACAGUAAGGAGCGAAGUCCCAGGAACAUCUUAAGUCUAAUCAGAAAUGAGAAUGACGCAGACAGAAUUUUAUGUACAGUAGAGGAAAAAAUAAUUGAAGUAAAUGAAAUUAAAAGGCAGGAAAUGAAAUCCCUGCCCACCAACUCUCUAAAAUAUCUUCGCAUUGGGUCGUACCCAAGACUGUGUUCUUGAUGAUGUGUGAAUGGCCCACUCCCCUUAUUUCUAAUAUCAUCUUCCUUUUUUCUGAAUUUUGGGGAGGGCUUCUUUGUAGAUAUUGUAUGAAAAACUCCAGUUGUCUGUAUAGUUAAUAUAUAGCUGCUUAUGUGUAAAUGCUAUUUUAAACUCUAAAAGAAGCUAUUACUUUUAUGUGACAAAUGCACUUUUGUGAUCUUUCUUCAUUGGUGGUGGCAACAUUUUAUUCCGAGAUAUUAUAUAUAUAUAUUUCUGUUGUCUCUGUCUUUUAAUUGGCUUGUUCCAUGAUCGGCAUGCAACUCCUACACGCCCACCCUCAGGAUAUAGCAGAUGCGAUGUGCAUUUCAACUUUUGCUGUGUUUUAGAAAUGUUAGAACGGAAUGGAUCGGUAUUCAAAGUGUCUAUAUAGCAAUAGCCAUAGCAUUUAGACUUAUAUACCACUUCACAGUGUCUUAUGGCCCUCUCUAAACAGUUUACAGAGUCAGCCCUAUUGUCCCCAACAAUCUGGGUCCUCAUUUGACCCACCUCGGAAGGAUGGAAGGCUGAGUCAACCUUGAGCCAGUCGGUCAGGAUCGAACUCCUGGCAGUGGACAGAGUUAGCCUGCAAUACUAAAUUCUAACUGGAGAGAGGGAGGGAGGGAGGAAAAUAGCAAUAGCACUUAGACUUAUAUACUGCUUUACAGUGCUUUACAGCCCUCUCUAAGCGGUUUAUAAAAUCAGCCUCUAGCCCCCAACAAUCUGGGUCCUCAUUUUACCCACCGUGGAAAGAUGGAAGGCUGAGUCAACCUCGAACCUGGUGAGAUUCGAACUGCGAAAUUGCAGGCAGCCGGCAGGUAGCAAAAGUAGCCUGCAGUACUGCACUCUUCCAACAUACAGAUACAUCACAAGGCCGUAGAACAGGGGUGUGCAACCUCGGUGAGACUUGUAAGACGUGUGGACUUCAACUCCCAGAAUUCCCCAGCCAAGCAUGGGAGUUGAGCCUGGCUAGGUGGCUCAGUGGCUCAGACGCUGAGCUUGUCGAUCAGAAAGGUCGGCGGUUCGGCAAUUCGAAUCCCUAGUAUAGGUCCCCUGUGUGAGCAGGGGGUUCAACUAGAUGACCUCUAAGCUCCCUUCCAACUCUGUAACCGUUAUCAUCAUUAUUGAAAUCCAUGAACCUUUUAAAAGUCACUGAGGUUGGACAGCCCUGAUUUAGAGCAAAGAGCAGCACUGCAGAAAGUGUUUAAUUGGACCCCAAAAAUCCUGGAUCUUUGCCCCACAUAACCGGCUUCUGUUGGCAUUGUUCUUACCUCCCACAGUUCUGAAGCUCUGGCAAAGUCUGGCUGGACAGAUUGGUAGUGCCAACUGUGAAUGGGAUCAGGCCACCCAAGAUGUAGUCCCCGGGCCUUCUAAACUGGGAAGACAAGCAGCUGUGUUGCAGGGCUGGGGCGACAUCGAAGGCAAGGCCGACCACUAGCAGGAGCAUUGUUUUCUUGUGCUGCAUUGCAAAGCAGCUUUUGAGCGAGCAGCGAUUCACAACCGGAUGCCUCUUAAGAAUGCUAAAAAGCUGUGCGAGUUGCCUGGAAGGGCCGUCCUGAGUGAAUUUGUUUAGCAAAAUAGCAAAAUAGGCACAGAGGACGCUUUGACUGAUCCACGUGCUAAUGCAGCGUUCCGCUUGGCCAGCUUGCGUUCCAGGUUUUGUGUUCGAAUGCAAAACCGGAGGUGUUUCCCCAAAGGCAGGAUAUGGGUUCUCGGCAGGUAAUGUUGUGGUCCGUCAGCAGCCUACAGAGCUGGCAACGGAGUCGGAGAGCGAUGAGGCUGAGGUGGGGCCGGGGCCAUCGGGGAGUGAGGUGUGGAUCCAGAGCCUCCAGAGACUGAUAGUAGUGAGGCAGAGGAACAGGAGAAGCCUGUUCCUAAUCCACGCAUGAGAAGAGCUGCCAGAAGGCAAGAGCAGCUCAAGCAGAGAGGACAACUCAGGAGUAGCGCCAAGAGAUGAUUGGCCCCUCCCAUAAGGCUUGCCAGAAAACAACGUUGUAGCUGCAUCUUCUGCUUCGUGUAUGUCUUUGUUUUUGUAGCUUCUGGACAUUUGCCAGGAAGGGCCUUUGGCAGUUUGCCUAAUUGGACUAAGGUUUGUAAGAUAACUGAAGAAUUUGUGUUUGGGAGGCAUUUGUUUUACUUUUGAGUUGAACGACGCUGGGAAUGACGUAAUUCCCAGCUGUUCGAAUAAAGUUUAUUUUUCCACGGACUAAGUUUUUGACUACCUACUUGGGCCUGGGUCACAACAGGUAAGACUGUAGGGCAAAUAUCAAAUAUACAAUUGUCUGUGAUGUGGUAUAAUAUUAUUACAAUGUCAUGAUGUCAAGCGUUCAUCAAAGGAUGAAACUCGGCGUCUGAAAUGCUUAAAUGAUGUCCAGAAUGUCAUAAUUUUGCAAUGCUGGAACGUUCUGUUCACCUCCAGGUGGCUCAACUGGUAUUUGCCAUCCUUCCAUUUGCCGCAGCCUGGCAAUACGAGUUUUGUUUGGAUCUUAACUCAGAUGAACCCCUUGGAAUGGGACAAGCCAGUCUGCUCAUAUUCUAAAAAACUAGGAGGGAAGUGUGGGGUGAAGAUGGAGAGAAGGGCCUUUCUUCCCCCCCCCCCAAUUUGUUUCCUGCCAUCUUCCAGCUGCUGGAAUGGCAGAAAAAAAAAACCACAUCUGUUUUGAGCUGCAGUAGAGAUGUUUUAUUUCAGGCCGAGCAAUGCAAGCGGUAAAGGACAAGAGUCAAUGCAGAAUACAUCCAGGUUCUAGGGGGAAAUCUC